AAAAGCAAUCAAUCGCAACCAAACAAAACCAAACACUUCCACUCUCUCUCUCUACACGAUCCAUGGAUCAGUCCAAACCCGACCCGAAUCCUCCGCUACCGCCACAGGGCUUCUACUACACUCCCUUGCCACCCCAGCCCCACGACCCACACGACGUCGCUUUGCCGCUUUACUAUCCCCGCCGGCGACGCUGUACGAACACCUGCGUGCUCCUGUCCAUCUCGUCCCUCGUUUUGUCAGCCGCGCUCGCGUACGUCCUCUGGCCGUCGGACCCGGACCUCAAGAUCACGCGGCUUUGGCCGACCCGGGUCCGGAUCCGGACCCUGCCCGUCCUGGUCGUGGACAUAUCCAUGGUGGCCACGAUCCGGGUGAGGAACGCCGACGCGUACUGGAUGGACAUCGGGAGGCUCGACGUGGCGGUCGGGUACAGGGGGAGGAUGCUGGGCCGCGUGAGGUCGGGCGGGGGUCACGUGACGGCGUUCGGGUCGUCCUACGUGGACGCUGAGCUGGAGCUGGACGGGGUCGAGGUCCUGGCGGAGGCGGCGCCCUUGAUCGAGGACCUGGCGAAGGGGAGGGUGCCGUUUGUUACCCUGACGGAGGUGGAGGGACAGCUUGGGCUUUGGUUCUUCAGGUUCCCUUUGAAGGCGCAAGUAUCAUGUGAGGUACUGGUCAAUACAAAGAACCGAACGAUUGUUCGUCAAAGCUGCUAUCCUGAGCGACUAGGACGUUCGAUGACAUAACAUUGCAAAGCUAAUUCAGUGGCUAUUGACUGCGAUACUUGCACGAGAAAUGAUCUGGUUAGUAGAUCAAGAGGACAACAUGGGACAUCGUCAAUCCUGGUAAAAGCUACUUCCCCUAAGGCAAAAAAAAAAAAGGAGUGGCGGCGAAAGUUUAUUGGCUUGGGUUCUGGUAUGAUGAUCAAUAUAUGAAGAUCCAGUAGUAGUUCAAAGAAGAAGUGUGGAUGUUAAUACUAUUUGAGUGCAAUCUGUGUUAAAAGAGCUUGUACCCAUGUACAAAGUAACAAAGAUCAACAGAAAUCUUAUUUGAUGCAUAAUUAAGACGAGAUGUGUGUAGAGGUGGGUUCUUUA